CUAUCAUUCAUUUCAUGAGAAGAAACUUACGUGCAAUUAACAUAUAAUAGACGUGCUUGCAUUAUAUACAUGUACAUUGUUGCAUGCAUCCAGCCUGUAUACAAUACCAUUAACAAGUCCCAAGUACUUCGAAAGUUCAAAUUGAUCGAUCUCCAUAUAUGUAUUUAUGAUAAACCAAACUAAACUGACUAAUAAAAAGGUAACAGUAUGCAUAGAAAGAUAUGAGAGCAACAUCAUAUAAUCCAUAAAAAAAUAAGAUGAGGACGAGUUUGGUGAGAGAGAAAAUAGAGUGGUCAUGGAGUGGAGUGGGCUUUUCGUGGUUUGGAUUAGGAGUAGUUCUGACAAUUAUCGUCAGUUGCACUGCCACCCAAACACCGAAAAAUGGUUCGACUACCCCUGAUGCCGCAAGCAUUUGUGCCAAUGCCAUUUUAAUCUACGGUUACCAAUGCCAGGAAUACUUGGUAAACACCGGUGACGGGUACAUAUUGAGUGUGCAGAGAAUACCCAUAGGUCGCUCAGGUGGAGAUGGACCUCGCCCUCCGGUGUUGUUGCAACAUGGUCUUCUUUUAGAUGGCAGGUCAUGGUUCUAUAACAAGCCAGAAGAAAAUCUUCCAAUGAUUCUGGCAGAUAAAGGUUAUGAUGUGUGGAUCUCAAAUACCAGGGGAACCGAAUAUAGCAGAAGACAUCUCUACCUUGAUCCCAAACAAAAGGGAUAUUGGUACUGGACAUGGGACCAUUUGGCAGAAUAUGAAAUCCCAGCUGUUAUAAACUUUGUUUACAAUGCCACGGGCCAGAAAAUCCAUUACAUAGGGCACGCACUGGGCAGUUUGCUAUGCUUGGCAUCAUUCGCAGAGGGAAACAUGGGAAUAGAUAGAGUGAAGUCUGUAGCGUUUUUGAGCCCCACUGUUUACUCCAACCACAUCACCUCUCCGAUCAUUAGUGUUGCUGUCAAAUUGGGUCUUGCUGAGAUGGGUGCACGUAUUGGGCUUUAUGAAUUCAACGCGGAUAGUCAACCGGUGUCUCGCAUCGUGAAAUUAUUGUGUUCUCAGCCAACAAUUGUCUGCAGUGAGUUGCCAACUCCAUUGACAGGUAAAAACUGUUGCAUCAAUAAGAUGGCUAAACAGCUAUUCGCAAAGAAUGGAAUGGAACCCACGUCAAUUAGAAACUUAAAGCAUUUAUCUCAGAAUGUUCGACAUGGUACUUUAGAAAAGUACGACUAUGGGACAACAGAAGCGAAUAUGGAACAUUACGGUGCAAAAAAACCGCCCCUGUAUGACUUGAG